UGGUACUUGCAGUAAACGCUUAGGAAAGCGCGUUGUUAUUGCAGGAUAUGUGUCUCGCAAUGAAACAGCUGUUUACAGUGCAGCAAAGGGAAUAAAUUUCCUGAUACCUUUGGCCAGGAACCAAUUGGCAACGAAAGUGCAGACUGAAGGGAUUUCUGGAGCCAAGCAAGCAGUAACUUCGAGGGAGCGCGUCCUUGGAACAGAUAUUGCCGAGGGGGUAUUUGCUUUGAAUUACUCUUUCUUUUAUCAGCGGCACUGGUUAAAAUUGAGACCAGAAAAUAAUACGACAAGUGAGGCUGGGUACAGUGCAUGCUAUCAAUCGUGCUGCACGUACCUCGCGUUUUUAGAUGGCAAUAUAAUAACCAAUCGGAGCGCUAAAAGGCAACAAAAAGGCGGGCUUACCCUGCUGGCUGGCUACGUCUGUCUGGUUUCUACGGCAACUUCAGGUCGUCUGCGUCGUAAACCGACAGAAGAAUGUCGCAAGUUGAAGGCAUCUGUCAUGUGUUUUUCUUGCUUUGGAAGACGCGUUUAGAGGGGUAGCAUCGUGUCCUCAGCAAGCAUAUCGAAGAGACAUCGACAGCUUUCACUGGGCAGCGCGAAUACAGACAGGUAUGCGUGUCGGUGAUCUUUUUUGGUCACAGGCCACGAUUAUUAGCCGUCGAGCCGUUCAUCAUAAAUAGAGAGAGACCUCAAACAAUGUUUAAGAUGUCUUUUUAUUUGCACCUGGUACAUAAAUGUAUAUGUUGAAACAUAUAUACACACACACACACACACACACACACAUAGCACUACGGUGGACUAGGUUUCAUUUAUUUUGUUGCUGUUUUAAAUCCCAGUGACAGUGUGCAUGUGGUGUUUGUUUAGUAUUUUUGCAGUAGAAGUUAGUCCAGCCACAGUGCCCUUGGUACGAACAUUGUCAUGGCAUGGUGAAGUCAAGAACGGAACAGGCAGUCGCCUCAAGUGAACUGGUCAAACUGCUUUUUAAAUAGCAGGACCGAAACUAACCGCGUUUGCUUAUUGUAUUGAAGCAAUUGAACAUUGUCACAGUGGAGCAUGACCAAUCAUAAUUUUAAAAGAAACAGGCUUUAUGUUCUGUGUAAAUGUUCCGGUUAUAAUAAUGUUAAAGCUUGCUUUAGUUUCUCGCAGUGCAGUGAUGUCAAGGUCACAUGAAUCUGCUUGACGUCUCUGUCUGCUGGGAGUUUGAUUCCCCUGCAUUCAGCGUAGCCAUGGACACCGACCAAACGCGUGUGCGGUAUAGUGUGGAAGUGCACUUUUAAAAGUAAGAGAUGUCAUAAUGAAAACUUCAGAAAACGUUUAUAACGUGAAAAGAAUUACACAUAAAUACUCGUUUUACAUUGGAAUCUACAGAUUAGAAUUUUUAAUAACAUGCAAGCACGUUGUUUUCAACCCCAAUUGCAUACAUUUAGAGAAUGAUGAAUAUCGAAGAGAAUUAACCAUGAAUGAUGCUUUCUUUUGUCACCCUAGGCGCCACUGCGAGAAAUUUAUAUUCAUCUAAAGAAAUCCAUAGAAAUAGCAAUGAGCAGUACUUGUAAAGGUGUAGGUCACAAGAGACCCAGUGUAAGAUUGCACAGCGAGGUUAUGAGCAAGCGGAGGCAUCUGCAACCCAGUAAUGCGAAGAGGGAUUGUGACAAGGAUUCUGGAUUUUCAGAUUCCAGUUCAGGGUAUGUAAGUGCUGUAGAGAACACAGAUUGUGAGGAUGGGCAUAAAGCCUUGUCCCAGAGCAUGGGAUCCAUGCCACAGCCAGCACAAGUGGCUGUGCUAGGAGGUGCUUUCCCUGGACUCUCCCCUGUGAUUGUCAUGAACAAUGUUCUGCUUAAACAGGCUUUCCAGCCUCAGGUUGUGUUUCUGCAGCCUGUUGUCUCAAAUGCCAUCACCCGACAAGAACUGCUCAAGGAGAAGAAACAAAGAUCAGGAAACUACCUGCCUAUCUUGAAAUCUUAUCCCAAAAUAGCCCCGCACCCGGGAGAGAGCUGUACGGAGAAGAGCAAUUCCAGGUCUGCUUGUGAGGACCAGGCAGCAGCAACGAAACACAGGCAUAGCAGGGAAAAAACACGGAGGGGCUGGGAAAACACAGCAAGCACAGCAGCAUGUAGCCAGUCCUCCACUUUGAGCACAGGCUCAAGCAGUCGGCAAAGUCAAGCAGAUUCCCCCAGCAGCUCGUUAGAAAGUGGAUCAGAGCCGGUUCUGAACUCUCAAGAACUGUCCACUGCAUGCCCUCUAGCCCCACCAUGCCCCUCACCUGCACUAAAACCAAAUUGUCCAUCCUCUGCUUUGCCUGCUAGUGAUCAUCUGGAUUCAGAGAGCCAACGGGACGGUUCAGUCGGCAAUCAGUGUGACAAGAAAAGCAAGAGGAAGCGCUUCUGCAACACCUACAACAUCCUCUGUAAGUCAGGGCUGCUGGGUGUUGCGCUGAGGACAAAGGAGUUGAUUAGACAGAAUCGAAAAAUGCAGAGCGAGUUAGAUCGACUCAAAGAACAAACCAACCUUUUUGUUGAAGCAAUCAAAAGCGGUCAUCCCCAGGUCUGGUCCAAGCUCCAACUGAGCAUGUUCGCGAGUGGCACCCCUGCAUGCGUUACCAAAGAAAGCAACGCUGGCAAAACCAAUCAAAGUGAUUUAGCUCUGGACUGAGCGAGAGGGAGCACUCCCUCUGCACUACAUCCUGCAGAUUGCUUAUUGACACUGCGUGUCCUGUUAACCUUCCAUCUGCUUUACAUUUUAUUCUGUGGGGAAAUGCACCUUAAACCAUGAUCUCCGCAUGUGUUAUUGCAAUUGGAAAGUUCUUGCAGCAAUUUUUUAGUGAAAGUACAUCUUUUUGUAGCAGUUAUUAUCUUUUGAGGGAGCUGUCAGAAGAGAAUUAUUAGUUUCUGUGUUUUGUUUUGUUUUAAUGUGCAUUGUGGUACACUGUUUCUUGGUGGGAGGUGGGUUAGCACGAUAGAUCCUUUAAUUUCAAUACUUGUCAGUAUGUCUAAGUCUAUUAAAAAGGGCCACCACUA